CUCCAGCUGUCUCUCUUUCUAAAAUCCUUCAUGUUUCAGCUAUCAAUCCUUUGAGCUGAUUCCAUUAAGACGAUUUGAUCAUCCCUGUAUAGGGGAAAACUAUUGCGAAUUGAAACCUUGUUUUACAUCUCUUUGAGGUUCAUAUAAUGACGAGAGGGACUACAGUUGGAGAGUCCAGUUUUCGAGUAACACGAGCUCGAGCUGCUGUUUACCAGUCAUUAGUGGGUUCAGAAGUCCAAAAGGAGCAGGGACAGGGUGGAGUUUUGCGUAAAAAUCCUAAACGAGGGGUGCAAGAUGAGAAGAAGAACAAUGCUAACACGACAAAAGCCGGUGGUCAAAAUAAGAGGAGAGCAGUGCUUAAAGAUGUCACAAACAUUUGUUGUGAUAAUUCUUAUAAGAAUUGCAUAACUGCAGCUAAGAUUCCGAAAAAGAAUAGCAAGAUGGGUAAAAAGAAUUCAGUCAAUAUGUCGAAAGUAGCUGCCUCUGUGACAGUUAAAAGGCAAAAAGUUUCUGCACAUUCCCAAACAAAGAAAUCUGAUGAAACCGAGGGAACUCAAACUCGACCUUCUGCUAUUCAGAAAGCUCCAGAUUUUGCUGAAAGGGAAAGACAUGUAAACUCCAGUCCAAUUGAGAAAAGAGCAUCUUCACAGUUGCAAAGCUUUUCAAAGAAAGGGAGUAGUAACAUUCAUGAGAAGUUGAUGAUAACCGAUAUAGAUUCAGAUCAGAAAGAUCCUCAAAUGUGCAGCCUCUAUGCAAGUGAGAUAUACAACAAUUUACGUGCAGCAGAGCUUAUGCGUAGACCACGUUCUGAUUUCAUGGAGACGGUACAGCGAGAUGUAACUCAGAGUAUGAGGGGAGUCUUGGUUGAUUGGCUUGUAGAGGUAUGCGAGGAAUAUAAGAUGGUGCCAGACACACUAUAUCUUACGGUUUAUCUCAUUGACUUGUUUCUUUCUCAACACUACAUUGAACAACAAAAACUUCAACUGCUAGGCAUCACUUGUAUGCUAAUUGCUUCGAAAUAUGAAGAAAUCUGCUCACCAAGUGUGGAAGAAUUCUGUUUCAUCACUGACAGCACUUAUACGAAAUCAGAGGUUCUGAAAAUGGAGAGUCUUGUUCUGAACUAUUUGAAUUUUCAACUUUCAGCACCUACAGCAAAAACUUUUCUCAGGAGAUUUUUAAGAGCGGCACAAGCUUCUCACCAGAUCCCGAAUCUUGAAUUGGAGUUUUUGACAAAUUAUCUGGUGGAGUUGACAUUGAUAGACUAUAACUUCUUGGUAUUUGUUCCUUCAACUGUUGCUGCCUCGGCUGUAUUUCUUGCCCGAUGGAUGCUAAAUCAGUCGUGCCACCCUUGGAAUGAUACUUUAGAGUACUACACAUGGUACAAGCCACUGGAUCUAAAGAACACAGUCUUUGCACUAUAUAGUUUAAAAUCAAGUGACAGUCGUUCCCCUCUAAAUGCUAUACGAUCAAAAUACAAGCAAGAUAAGUUCAAAGGGGUUGCAAGUUUGCCUUCUCCAGAAGUACCCGAAACACUAUUCUACUAUUCUAGGCCGUAACAGACCAGAAGGUAUUUUUUUUGCUACCUUAAAGGCGAUUUUAUCUAAUCGUCUAUUUACCAUAUUUGUACCGGUCUCUGUUUUUGUUGUUUGAGAACAGUCAAUAAAAUCUUGAAGUUAGAAGUGGGAAAUGGGGUUUUGGUUCUU